AUGGCAAUUUUAAUAAAAGGAAAUGAACCAUUACUAGUUGACAUGUCAAUUCAGGAUUUCAUAAAAUUAGGAAUAAAUGGAGUAUACACAACUAUGAAAACAGUAUUAUCUCACGAAUAUAUUUUUAACUUAUCUCUACAUAUGAAAAAUUUAUGUAAAUAUUCUAAAGAAUUUUUAAAAUUGCAAAAGACAGACAAUAACAAAGAACAUAUAUCUAAAAUUUUAGAAUAUCUAACACUAGAAAAUAUACGUAAAUGUAGUUGUGAAAGUAUAAAAAGAGGUUUUGAAUUUUUAACUGCUUUAAAUGAUGAUUUAAAAAAAAAAUAUUUCAAUGAAAGUUCGAAUUAUAUGAUAAUAGUGACUAUAACAUGGGAUAUAGAAAAUUGUAACAUUUCGUUAAAAAAUUUUUUUUCUAUUUUAUGUUAUAUAAAAUCUUUGCCAAGUUAUCCUGAUAGUGUUCAAAUUGAUAUAAUGAAUGGACAAAGAAAAUUACCAAAUAUAAAAUAUUCUGAUGUUUUUGAAGUAAGAGAUAAAUUAUUAAAAUUGAAAAGUAUAGAUAGUCAUGAAAUUGUUAUAUAUAAUGAUUUAAAUGAAAUAACUGAAGGAUUGACUAGUAAUUUUUUUGGUUUUUUUAAUGGUACAUUAUACACACAAAGAGAUGAAUUAGUUUUAAAAGGAACAAUAAGAAAAGAGAUAAUAGAUUUGUGUGAAAGAGAAGAUAUAAAACUAAAGAAUUCUAUUAAUAUAAAAGAUAUUGAAUACUUUGAAUUCUGCUUUAUAUGCUCCACAACUAGAAAUAUAUUACCAGUUAAAAAAAUUAUACUUUUUUCAGAUAAUAAGAAAGUAUUUGAAAAAAGUGUGAAUCAUCCUAUUUUAAUUAAGCUGCAAGAGAAAUUAAAGGAAGAAAUUGAAAAGAAAAAAGAAAAAUAUGAUUUAUGUAUUCGUUAG